AAAUAAAAUCUUUUGCAGUAAGUCGAGCCGGCACUGUUCCGCCAUCAAGAAGAAAUGCCCCCUCGGUGAGUACCCACUAAAGAGUCACUUAAAUCUAGAGCUGCGCUUGCUUUCAGCUAUUUUAUUACGUGACGUUUUCAGGCUGAAAGAAGUCGGAGUAGAAUGGGAACUGCGACACAAGGGGCUCGUCCGAUUACAGGAGCGAACCGGACAGCGCCACCGGGCACUGCUAUGCGGCCGGUCACUCAACAGGGACUGACU